AUGGUUGCUAUGGUAACUGCGUCACUGUGCUGCGUUCAGCUUUUUAUCUUCUUCAUUGUGCUUGUUUCUGCAGAUCAGAUCAAACUCCAGUUUAAUCCUGGACGAAACAUCCAUCUAAAAUGCAGAACUCCUGACAACAAACCUGUCCACGUCGUAGAGUGGAGCAGAACUGAUUUGGGGGAAGAAUUUGUCCUUUUAUUCCGGGAUGGUAACUUGGAUUCAGAAGGUCAGCACCAAAGGUAUAAGAACCGAGUGGAUCUCCGGGACCGGCAGAUGACAGAUGGAGACGUAUCUUUGGUCCUGAAUAACAUGGUGCCUGAUGAUGGAGGAACAUAUGAGUGCCGGGUCGCUCAGGCAGAAACUAAUCGAAAGAAAAGAGCUGUGCUGGAUUCAGAUCCUAUCUGCACCUUCAAGUUGAGCCUAGCCCCUCUUCCAGCUUCUUCCUCCAGCAUCUCCUACCUGAUGGAUCAGACUAACACCUGGUUCUGUCCUGCAGGGAGCCAUGAUGGACAACACAAGAACAGAGGAAACAAACCUGCUGCAAAGAAUAAAGGAAGGAAUAAAGCGAGAGAUGAUAAGCUUAUAAUUGAAUCUCCAUUUCUGUUCAAAUAG